CUGCUCAGUUAGUAUUUGCACGCCGUCGUCGUCGGAAGAAAAACGUGGUGGAAAUCCGCCUUCGAGUUGUUGAAGAAGAUAUCUAGCUGGGAUCUUUUGGGCAAGUGUUGGAUCGAAAGGGCGAUCACGACCCAGUGUAUAGUGAGUGUGGUUCUGCCCACUUGAUGCGAUUAACAUCAAGAAUCCGUAUUAGGCAACGAGUCGUGAUCGUGGACACUUGAAGGCGCAAGUGGUGUCGUGAAAGUGUUGUUUUAUCGGUGCAAAAUCUUUGCACAAGUUGAGAUUGGCGCUGAGGGAGAAUUAAAAACUCACAACAACGAUGAAGCGGCACCAAUCCAGGCGAAUUGCGUUCUUUGUGCUGCUGCUGGCGGUGACGACGAUACCGGCAUUAGUUCCUGCUCAACAGUAUACCGGCGUCAAAUCUGUAUCGUCAUCACCUCCAGAUAGCACCUUAGGGGAAGCGAAGUCACCGGAGAAGACAGGCGGUGGAACAACGUCAGGGAUCUCCGCCAGAUCGAUCGACAAGUUCAAAGCCAAUGAGCUACCUGAGGGUGAUAGCAAGAUCAUUAAACUAGCGAUAAAGCAGAUUGAGCCUCAGGUCACAUCCGGCUCCAGAGGUGCCAGGAACCUGGGCUUCUCGGCUGAUGCCUCGUUGAAUGCGAUUCCUGGAGGUUUGAAUAACGAGUUGACAAAUGGGGACUUCAAAGUUCCUGUUACACCAGCAUCGACCGUAGCGAAAGAUAGCUAUGGUAAUCCCGUUACUCCUUAUGCAGAUCUAGGCUCGACAGGACUGGACUCCGCCGGAUUCAUCCCAGAUAUCAAUAGGGACACACUACAGGGAUUCAGCAACAACAACAACCAAUACAGUCAUUUGAACUUCAAAUUACCUAGUUAUGCUUCUGGCAUUAUUGAACCUGUACUGCUUCCGCCGAUCGCGUCCGGAAAUUUUCAACCACCGCAAGGCCAAUCGCAAUUUCCCUUCCACCAAACAACAACAAAAGCUCCUACAACUGCAUUCCAGUUUGUAUCUAACGCCAAAAUCCCUUCUGUAGAUGAUGGUCAGAUUCUUUUCGCUCAAAAACCGUUAAAUGGACUAAUCCCCCCACUUUUCCCGGGAGAACAACUGCCGGUGUAUAAAGUCGAAGUCGGAACCGAACGUUCGCCCAUAUUUGUGAAGGACCCAUUUUCAUCGCCUUCAUUAGAUAAAGGGCUUACUCUGCCUUAUGACAAACCACCUGUUAACUUCAAUCAAGGCUCACCGCAAAACUCCCAAGUUCCACUUCAGGUACCUCUAUCCUUAGAACCUUUACCACCGCAACAAGCCCACACUCCUCAAUAUCAUCAAACUCCUCAACAACCUCAGUUCCAUCCUUCGACUCAAUCCCAUCAACCUCCUCAGCAGCCGCAGUUCAAACCAACACAAGCUUCUGUUCAAAAGUUUACUGGAUCAUUCGGUGGCGCACCUGGACUUCUCGGAAAUCAGCAAAACCUCGGAACUGCUUAUACCUCAACUCCAAAACCAGCACAACCCCAAGCUCCACAGACCUAUCCAACUCCUCCUCCUACUCAUUUCAUCCCUACUGUAUCUCAGACAGCCACUCCAACCAAAGCCCCUAACAAAUUUACUGGCAGUUUCGGAGGUGCACCAGGGUUCCUUGGUAAUCAACAAAACCUCGGUACGGCUUACACUUCCACUCCUAAACCCACUCAACAAGGCGUCCCUCAAGCUCCUUCAUCCCAACCAACAACCAAUUUCUCUCCAGUUAUCCACCACUCCAAUCCCACUCAAGCCCCCAACAAGUUCACCGGUAGCUUUGGUGGAGCCCCUGGCUUCCUUGGUAACCAGCAGAAUCUUGGCACUGCCUACAAACCCACAACUCCCAUCCCGACAACUCAACAGAGACCCAUGUCGUUCCAUCCCCCACCACCACCUCCUCCGUCCUCAGCACCCUUGUACCCACAAACUCAAGUACCCAGCAUCAUCCGCCCUCCAAGUCCCUUCCAACCUCCUCCACAGCAGCAACAGCACCGACCCGGUCAAUACGUCGGGAACAAAUUCAGCGGAAGUUUCGGAGGUGCCCCAGGGUUACUGGGUAACCAGCAGAAACCGGGAACUCACGUGAAACCCGAUGGCUCUAUUCUGCCUCCGUCCGGACCGGGUAUUACGGGACCAAGCUCAACGGCUGCUGUUGGUUCGACUGUUCAUAGGCCUGCGGCACCUAGCAGCGGCAGUACAUUUACCGGAAGCUUCGGAGGUCCACCGGGUGUUCUGCGUCCGUUCGAUAAUGUUAAAGGAUAGGAUGGGAGGCGAAGCCAAGAGGGGACAAAAUGAGGUUACCGAGAAAGUAUUCGAAUAAGCAACAGUGAGCAGCAGUUAGAUCAUAUGCAUACGAAUGUAUUUUAAGUUUAGGAUUAAGUAAAUUUCUAAGAAUAUAUCAGAAUAAUGAUGCAUUUAGAAUGGAUACGAUUUAUGGAAUGCAAUAAAUUAUGUUCAAAACUGA